AUGGCUCCCGCCCAGCCAGAGCUGAAGAAGUACCUCGACAAGAAGCUGUUCGUCCAGCUCAACGGCAGCCGCAAGGUCAUUGGCGUGCUCCGGGGAUACGAUGUCUUCCUGAACAUUGUCCUCGACGACGCCGUCGAAGAGAAGGCUGGUGGAGAGAAGGAACGGUUGGGCAUGGUUGUCAUCCGCGGAAACUCGGUCGUCAUGUUGGAAGCCCUCGAGAGGAUCGGCGGUGGAGACCGGGACAGAGGACAACAAGGACAUCACUGA